AUGGAAACUGAAUUUCAACAAUUGCGUGAACAUUUUCAACUUCUUCGAAAGGAAUUUUCCUCAAGUAGUCAAGAAGAAGUGCUUAAUAGCAUUAAGGAGCCCUUAUUGCUUCUAGAAGAGGGAAAAAACAGUCGUGAAGGCUGGCGAGGACCUCCUAUUAGUCCGAAAUUACAACAAUAUUUCAUCGAUAAAUUAUAUUUCAAGCAUUUGGAGUUUUUAUUGCAACAAGUUCCUACACACUGGUCCGAAAAAAGUCAAGGUCUAGAAACACAAAAGAGAAAGCUAAUUACAGAGUACUUUGUCCCUUCGGGAACAAAAGACCUGCAAAAAAAGUUACGAGCAUGGCUCGCAUUGCAAGUGUUGGUCUCGCAUUUAUCAAUUAGGGCAAUUUCCAAACAAGAAAAAAAUAAUGAUUAUAUACCUAGACUUAAUAUCACCUUAAUAUUUUUGUUGCUUUUACUAAAAGAUUAUUCGAUCAAAGACUUUUAUGAGGCAAUUUUCUCAAAUCUAAAGAGUAACUAUAGAAUAGAAGAAAAACAAGAAGAAUGGAGAGAAUUCGCUGCGCUCUGUUGCUCUAUACCACAGCGUUGGGCGAAUUUAAGAGUACUUGAGCAGGAUUCAAAGAAUAAGGUCAAAAAUUUAGACGAAGAAACAAUGAAAGAUGUAAAUUACUUUACAAGAUUAGGAUCUGAAAUUGAACUUGCCAUAUGGUAUAAAUCCAAUGCUGAAGAGGAGAUGGAAAUACUUUCGUUUGCGUUAGGGGAGGUUAUCACGAAAAUAUGUAAGAUUGGUCAUUCGAGUGAGUAUGCAGGAUCUUUUCAGACUUCUAAUUCACAUUACACACGAUUUCAGCAUAACAUUUACCAUUUAUGUUUCAAAGAAAUCCUGAUGCAAUCAAUAUACUUUACAUUCUACAAUCGCCUAUACAAUCACAUAUCCCCGUCAUAUUGGCAGAUUUGGUCCAGAAUGCUGCAAAAUCUUCCACCUGAUACAUUAGAAUCUUUUAUUUCGGCCGUCAUGACACAUUCCGAACUCUCCUUAUUGAAAUCGAUUCCGUCCAUGCCCAUCGAUGAUAAUUCACGUUAUCGUAUACAGAAAGUAGCUUGGCUACUAAAAAUGCUAAUGGGAGAGAAUAUUAACGAUAGUAUCAAGUAUAUGAUAAAGUCCAAGUAUUUUAUUGGCGGCAAGAUAUUUUCUGUUGGUGUUCUUCGAGUUCUCUGUUGUUUUUGGAGCUGGGGGAAACCAACUGAGAAAGGUUAUUCAGCAGAGUUAGAUGUAAAAGAUGAUCUUGCUCAGCUAUUAUUGUCACUUAUUUCUAUUUGGUCGGAUCCAACCUUCAUAAAGCAUGCGUCAAAUGGAGCUCAAAUAUACCUUACUAGUGCCAUUAUCAUCAUCUUUGGUUAUUUUCAAAAGGAGACUCUCAUUAAAGCAGCGAUUCCAGGCGAAGUUGUUCCAGGUGUAGGCAGAUGGCUGAAAAGUCCUUUUUUUCAGGCGCGAAAAAUUGGAAUGAUUACCGCGGAAAUUAUAUCUCAAUUGACUGAUGAACCAGAUAAAUCUUUGAAGUUUGAAAUGGAGGAGGAUGACACAAGUAUAUAUUUGCGAAACUUGGUAAAUUGCAAAGAUGGAACAGUAAAAUUUAUGGCACAUGAUGUCAAUGAAGAGAUUUCGCAUGUUGACGAGACAAUUAGAAAAAAUGAAGAAAACGAAUCUAAAAUUGAAAGUAACAAGCUUGGUGACGAGACUAUUGAUCAAAUGCAUAGUAUAAAUAAGGAUCACAUCGCAAAAGAGAUUGCUGAUUCCGAUGAUGAAGAAGGUGAAUUCGAGCCUUAUCCUAUGGAAGAAGAAAGUGACAAAGAUGAAAACUCGAGCAGGAAAAAAAUCAAGCCUCCAGUGUAUAUUAAAGAAUUAAUUUCUUAUCUCAAAACCGCAGAUGAUCCUGAAAAAAUUGAUAUUGCGCUCCAAGUCGCGCCCAAACUCAUCCGUCAAAAAAUUGGUUACGGAACUGAACUUGAUGAGCAUGCUGUGGAGCUGACGUCAAAGGUUGUUUAUUUGCAAAAUACAUAUGAAUUGGAAAGAUUCGAUGAAAAUCAAAAUGCUGCAUUAGUGGCACUUGUAUACGGAAGCCCCAAACUUGCUGUUUCGGUGUUGAUUGAACAGUUUUUUCGAAAAUCGAUCUCACUCUCUCAAAGAUUUCUCAUAUUAGCUUCGAUUGCAAAGGGAGCCAAGGAGCUGGCUGGUAUUAAAGAUGAACAAGAAAUUUCCGCAGAGAAUAAAGCUGUAAUAACUCUUGAUUCAGUUACAAUGAACAAUAUGAAAAUUUCCCCUAUAAAUGAUUCCAAGGUUACAAAAGAGAAAAGAUUUUCCAAGAAGAUGAUAGUGGAGAUGACACGGGAUAAUAGCAUAAAAAUAAAUAGAUUUAAUGAAUUUGCUGCCGAUACGUUUUUCAUACCUUUGAUUGCUGGUUGGUGGAAUUGGACUCGUGAUGGUGACCAUGGCAAUAUAAUGUAUCAAACGAUGCUUGUCCAACGAUUCAUUACUACAUUGGGUGUCAUUGUGCAAUGUUCGAUAAACACGUUUGCACAAAAACAAAUAGUACAUGAAUUCUGGGACUUAAUUUUAUCGAUGCGCUUUCUCGAUGAUCCGGGAAUCAUUUUCUCAUUACUUUAUGGUAUUAAUGUCAUCGUGAAUGCAAUUCACGGACGUGAAUUAGUAGAGUUAUUCUCGAAAGAACUGGUCGAGACUGAAGAAUGGGUUUCUGGUGUAAUGAACAAUCGUAUUACCGAUAAUAAAAUCAUGGAUUUGGCAGCACAAACUUUGUACCGAGUAAAGAACAUUGUUGCCGAGUAUCAAAGAAUGUUAUUAGGAAAUUUACUUCCUAUUGUAUGA